AUGGCCGACAUUACUCGAUUACGAAUUGGGCUGGUGUGCAUGGGAAUCUUUGGCUUCUAUGUCCUCUUCGUAUUCUCAUUUAUCGAUGGCUAUUUCCAAAAGCUCUUUGAUUUUGUGAGCCGACGACGUUUCACCGAUGAGAUCACGACAUUUGAAGACGGCUUCACAGGCAUGGAGUCGAUUGAUUUGUUCUUGGGUUUUGUUGUUUGCUUCUUCUGGCCUAUCGUCGACGGAAAUUCGCCGUGGCUUUCACUUUCUAACAUUCCAUUCGCCGGACAAACCGCCGCACUACUGCUCAUAGCAAUGAUUGAGGAUUUACGAAAAGGGAACAAGGGGAAAUUGGUGCCUUCUUGUCUCUUGUUCGGUGCUGCGAUACAAGGAAUGGGUGUCGGCAUUGCCUCUCCAAUCUAUCACUACCUAUUUUUGACGUACUCUGGAGUAACUGAUUACCCAAAUGGCGCAAGCAUUGAGAUCGAAGAUCGGAUCGCCCUGGAAGCCAUUCCUUUUGGCGUUUUCUGUGGUUACAUCCUUGUCGUUGCCGCCAUGGCUCUACCAGGACCGUCCGUUGUAACUAUGGAGCAAAAGAAGUAUGCUGUUCUUGCAUACAUCUUCUAUCCGGCAUGCACCCAUUUGAUGCAUCAGGUAUUCCGGACGUUAUUCCGAAUAUGGAAUGUUGAAGGCAACCGGUCCCAAGAUAUCAAGUCGCAGCUGCACACGACGCGACGAGUCUACGCAAGUGCACUUAUCAUCGCAACAUUUUCACACAUCUAUACUAUCUCGAUAUCCUUAUCGGCCUAUAUACUUCCUGACUUUGUCACAUCUGAACUUGCGACGGAGCUCAGCCCCUGGCAUUUGUUUCUUCCGAAGAAUCCACUUGACGUCGGAUUUCGUGUCAAGGAUAUCUUUGAGGGUGUUCACAUCUUCAUGCAGUGGGACUAUCUUCUUGGUUCGGCGGCAUCUGUUGUGACGGCUGCAGCAGUACGCGAUUGCAGCAGCAUCGAUCUCAACAGCACAUUGUCCGUUUUGAGAUGGCUUCAUAUGGGCGAAUUGCCUGACAUCAUUCUUCGAUCUCUGUGCCUUGGCCCAAUCGGAGCAGCAGUGACAUAUAUGUGGGAGCGUGACGAGUAUGUUCUCAGGAAUUUGUCAAAAGCGAAGAGCAGCUAG